GAAGAAACAUUAGAAAUGGAGCCGCUUCAGCAUUUUAGUCAUGAACAUCCAUUGUUGUUCAAGGGAGAAGCCCCACAAAAAAAUAUUGAAGCAUCAGGUGAUCCACCAGUUUUAUGCUCUGCAUGUGACGAUCCAGUGCUUGGUCCUAACUAUAGUUGUCCCCAAUGUUCUAUCCACCAUGAGUUUAUACUCCAUCAGUCGUGUGCACAACUACCCAUAGAGAUCCUCAAGCACCCGAUGCACACUGAGCAUCCACUCGUUCUAAUCACAAGCAAGUCAAGAAGAUAUAGUCGGUAUGUAUGUGAUAUUUGUCGCGUUGGUUUCAACAGUUUCUCUUACACAUGUUCUAAAUGCCUCUUCGACAUUGACAUCAAAUGUGCCUCCAACUUCAGUAGCACAAAUAGCAUACUACAUUUCAGUCACAAGCACAUAUUGAACUUAACUGAUAAGCCAUCUAGAGGUCGUCCACCAGUUUCUUGUAUUGGCUGCCUCGAGCAAGUGACUGGUCCCAGCUAUAUUUGCAGAAGAAUUGCCAAUAGGGAUAAUAGUUGCUCUAUUCAUCUACAUAAAUCGUGCGCAGAGCUCCCACGUGAGAUCCGACACUCAAUGCACCGUCAGCACUCGCUUAUGCUUAAUCUCCGUGGAGCAGAAGAAUGCGAUUGCGAUGCUUGUGACAAAGAUUGCAGCAGCAGAUUUACUUACAGUUGUUUUCAAUGUGACUUCAACCUUCACCUCAAAUGUGCUUCUGAUUGGAAAGAGUUUCAACAUUUCAAUCAUGAUCAUCCAUUGUUGUUCAACAAACAUGAAGCAUCGAGUCAACCAGCUUUAUGCUCUGCAUGUGAGGAUCCAGUACUUGGUCCCAACUACAGUUGCGAUCAACGUUGUGAUUUCAUUCUCCACAAGUCAUGUGCAAAGCUACCCAGAGAGAUCCUCCAGCAUCCGAUGCAUGAUAAACAUCCACUUCUUCUUCUCACAGCAAAAUCCAGAAGCUAUAGUAUGUUUGCAUGUGAUAUUUGCCGCAAAAGCUUUAAGAGUUUCUCGUACACCUGUUCUGAAUGUCGCUUCGACAUUGACAUCAAAUGUGCCUCCAAUUUCAAAAGCAUGGGUUGUCUGCUACAUUUUAGUCACAAGCACAUAUUGACCUUGACUCAUAAUUUAUCUGAGGGUGGCCCACCAGUCUCUUGCAAUGGGUGCCUAGAGCAAGUGCUCGGUCCUGGCUACAUUUGCAAAAGGAAUUCGUUGAGGGAUAGUAGCUGCUCCAUUGUUCUACAUCAGUCAUGUGCAGAGCUACCUCCUGAAAUCAACCACCCGAUGCACCAACACUUACUUAAGAUCAACCAAAAUGGAGCACAAGAAUGCGUUUGUCAUGCUUGUGACCAAGAUUGCAGUAGCAGAUUUACAUAUAAUUGUUUCCAAUGUGACUUCAAACUUCACCUCAAGUGUGCUGCUGAUUGUAAAGGCUUUCAACAUUUCAAUCAUGAGCAUCCAUUACUGUUCCACAAACAUGAAGCGUCAGCUACCCAGAGAGAUCCUCCAACAUGA